AAGUCCUCAGGCAGUACAAAAGUCCUCAGGCAGUCCAUCAGCCCUUGUCUCGGACCUCGAUUCCCAACGACACGGGAACUGCGUUUGGGCAACUGAUCAAACAACGAGACGAUUCUUCUUCGUCUUUGGCUUGUCCGGCAGUCGUGAGGAUCUUCAAUCUCGUCAGACAACCCCUCAGAGUCCGGACUCGGGUCCCGCUACGUCGCCACCAUGUCGCCGAGACGUUUUCAACAGUUUAUCCUCUUGGGGACCGAUCUCUUCGGUCUUGAACGCAUCCUCCGCGGAUUCCACGCCGCCAUCCUCAUCCUCAUCGGCUUCCCCACUCUCAUACCCUUUCUCACAUCCACUGCCUCUCCCUCAGCGGUCAUCCUCGACCUGCUAGACCCGCUCAAGGCCGAGAUCAACCUGAUCCGCCGCGCCAUCCGGACCUUCAAAUUCCUCGAAGCCUUCGCAGCCUCCGCAUCGAUCGUCUCCAGCCUCCGCGCGGGCCCGCAACCGGCCGAAGUGCACCUGGACCUGCACGCGCUGCUCUUUCUGGGCGCCUUCGGCUUCCUCGAAACCGUCACGCUGCCCGACAUGGUGGCCGACGUGACUGGACAGCCAGGUCUGGGCGUCUUCGGCGCCGAGCGGGCGGGCGAGCUGAACACGUGGGCGCUGAAAUCUUGGUUCUGCGGUCUGAUAUGCCUCGUGUUGAGCGCCGCUUUGAAGAUCCGCCGACUCGUGCUACUUUCGUCGGCGGCAGACGCUGAUGCUGCUACGUCGUCUCGGGAUGAGAAGCGCGAGGGCGAGAGCAAAGAGAAGGCGCGGGAACGGCGGCAGCAGGAGGAGAAAGAGAGGGGAGAGGAGCGGGCCCGUCGUGUGAGAAAGUUGGCGCGCAAGAUGGUGGCGGAUAUGGUGGAUCUGGUUAUCCCUGCAGCUACGGUGGGAUGGAUCUCCGUCGAGCCCGGACUUGUUGCGGUUGUCAUGCUGUGUACUUCUUGGCUGACGGGAAUGGACGUGUGGGAGAAGUACGGAGACCAGCUUGCGGCGAAGGGGGGGCAGAAGAAAAUGCAGUGAGGGCCGCAAAGGAAUGACUAUGACUGCCCAUUCGGCAGGUGCAUCAUUGCUUGUCUGAGAUGGUUACAUAGAGGCAUAGAACGGGGGAGGGAUUGUCGUAACCGGCCAUUUCCUGUCCCGGCGUGACAACGGGGCAUAGACCGGCUCCCGGCGUUCAGGAUACAAGCACUCGGGGCGCAACCUCGAAUUCGGGAUGAGAUGGCAUAGGUAUAUGCAUGUGGCUGACCGAGGGUGGACAUAAGACAGAGAUCCCGGAUGGAUCAUGAGUAGAACUCCAAAUCUGGCCCUCGACUUUGGUCUGCAUGGUGGGCGUCCAAAUGACAAACGUAUUGAUGGACGU